ACGUGGGUAACGUAACCCGGAAGUGAUUCGAAGAAGUUAAGUCUUGCUAUCGACCAUUAUACGCAUGCAAACAUUUUACCAUUGUUACGUAGUAAAUAUUCACCAGGAAUGUGUCUAAAUUAUAACUUGUAGUUAAUAACAAAGCAAAUAUUGUGUAUUUAGUAUUUGUUGAAGUUUUUACUCCACAUACAGACUUCUAACUAAGGCUACGUAGAUAGCGCUAGCCUACUAGCUACCUAUCAAAGUUUCCCAAGUGUUUAUUUAACUCAACAUUAGUCAAACUGAUGAGUCUUAAAUUUUAUGGUGAGUAAAAGGUGGAGUCUUCAACCAGACACUUCAGCGUUGUUUACUGACACACAGUAAAGUGGAAGUUGAUCUCGUCAGAGUCGCACGUGUGCGUCUUCUUCAUCCUGGUCAUCAUUUAAUGUAAAACACAGCAUCACCUCAGUCGUCGUCUUGGCACUGAAACCAUGUCCGGCCACACAGGAGCAACCCACCCCCUACGUUUUGGCCAGGUGGUCAUUGGACCCCCGGGUUCAGGCAAAACCACCUACUGCCAAGGCAUGCAGGAGUUCCUGACUCACCUUGGACGUAAGGUGGUCGUAGUAAACAUGGACCCUGCCAACGAAGGACUCAAAUAUACCUGUGCAGUAGAUAUCGCAGAGCUGGUCACUCUGGACGAUGUCAUGGAGGGUCUGAAGCUCGGGCCCAACGGUGGACUCCUCUACUGUAUGGACUAUGUUGAAGCAAAUCUGGACUGGUUAGAGAAAAAGCUGCAACUGCACAGUGACUGUUACUUCUUGUUUGACUGUCCAGGACAGGUGGAGCUCUACACCCACCAGAGUUCAGUGAAGAAUAUAUUUUCUCAGCUGGCCAAGUGGAACUUCAGGUUGACAGCCGUGCACCUUGUGGAUUCUCAUUAUUGUGCUGACCCAGCCAAGUUCAUCUCCGUGCUGUGCACCUCCCUGUCCACCAUGCUGCAUGUGGAGCUUCCCCACGUCAACGUGCUCUCCAAAAUGGAUUUGAUCGAGCAGUACGGCAAACUGGCCUUCAACCUUGACUUCUACACAGAGGUCAUGGAUCUGACCUAUCUCCUCGAUCACCUUGCUGCAGACCCUUUCUUCAAAAAAUUCCACCAUCUAAAUGAGAAGUUGGCCGGAGUGAUACAAGAUUACAGCCUUGUCUCCUUUGUGCCCCUCAAUGUACAGGACAAAGAGAGCAUGAUUCAGGUCUUGCGAGCAGUGGACAAGGCAAACGGCUACUGCUUUGGAGACCUGGAGGAGAGGAAUCUGCAGGCUAUGAUGUCAGCUGCUGUGGGGGCAGACUUCCAGUUCAACUCUACUCUUGGAGUGCAAGAGAAGUAUGUUGAAACCAGUGGGAAGAGGGUGGAUGAAGAAAUGAUGGACCUAUAAAUUGAAAAAGUCCCAUUAAAAGGACAUAAUUGGCUGCAUUUUUAGCACAACUAUUCCAGCGGAGUCUUUGCAACAUCCAUCUCAGGUGGCCUGAAUAGAGCCCCUCUUUUCUGAAGCAGUGGAGAUGUUUCAAGGUCGCACCACAUCUCAUAAAAAAACAAAAAAAAAAAACAGAAAAACACACAGAAUAACUGAAAGUGAGUAAAUGUUUCACUUGAGUUAUCAAUAAGAAGUAUGAUUUAUAGUAUCUGUCUACUGCUCUGUAUGGACAAUAGUUGCCAAUACAUUUUCACAAAAUGUACAUAUAAAAUGCCUUUUUAAUAAAUAAAUA